AUGAACAAAUUUUUAAUUAUUGGAUCUUUAUGGAUAAUGAUCGUGAUAGUGGUUUCCAGUGUACCUGUACCAAACAUACCUGGCUUGGAUCAUUUAAUAAGUGGUUUUGAUGCAUCAAAAAUGAAAAGUAUUUCUGAACUGGAAGUAGUCAGUCAAGAUGAUAAAAUAAAAGCAGCAAUAUUUGAUUUGAGUGAACUUGGUCAACCGUAUGUGCUAAAAACAAAUGGACAUACACAAGUGUUUCAAACACCACUUGCUGUACAAGUCACUGAUGUCAGUCGAAGAAGAGAGAAUUAUUGUGAAAAAAUUGCUAGUUCGUUCGAAGAAUUUUAUCACAGCUACUUUCAAUCAACGUCAUUCAGCGUUGGAAUUAAGGUGUCUAAUUUUGAAGCCGGUAUUGGCUAUAAUAAAAUAUUAGAAAGAGCUUAUAAUUCAACGAAAGACAACAAACAAUCUAUCGGUAUCUCAGGACGAUGGUGGGGAAUGUAUUCGAUGCAACUACCACCAGCAUUCUUGUUACCUUUUAGCCGAUAUUUCAAUCAAAGUAUUCAACGACUUCAACAGAUUGGCAUUCCGACUAGCGAAGGGCAACAAACAACUUAUAAUAGCGUAGUCAGAGCCUACGGAACACACUAUAUAUCAUCUGUCAUUGUCGGUGGUACAGCAUUCAUGUAUACAUUUGUCAAUACAUCAUACAGUAGCAGUCAAUCAUAUGAAAAAGUUUUCGAACAAAUAUCACUUAAAUUUCAGUACAAAAGCGUGUUUUCCUUGUCAGGUAACCAUACCACUGGUAGUAUUUCUGAAAGGUUGUCGAAAGAAUUUUUGAAAAAUUCGAAUGACAUGACGGAAUUUUAUCCACCUGUUCAACCAGAACAAGGUAAAUCAGAAUGGGAGGCUUGGUUAAAUCAAGCUUGGCAACAACCUGUAGCUGUUAAUCGAACGGUUUCUCCAAUCAUUGAUUUGGUAGUUGAUUACCCUGAUGUCCAAACACAUCUACAAAAAACAAUUGACUACUACAUACAAUUCAACAAAUAUCCAACAUUACAACAAUUACAAUGA